GUACCUACGGAAAAUGAUACGGGGAGCCCCAGGCGCCCGCGUGUCCGGCGGAAGGCGAACGACUUCCUGCAUCGUGGUGAGUACUCAGUGUGCGACAGCGAAGAGCACUGGGUUGGCAACCUGACCCGUGCCACAGACUUAGCAGGCAAUGAAGUCACGGUGCUGCCACACGUUCGCAUCAACAACGUCGUAAAGAAGCAGCUGUUCUACGAGACCACAUGCCGUGUGUCGAAGCCCGUCGGGGCCCCCAAGCCGGGUCAAGGAGCCAGUGGCGUUAAAGCUGGAACCUCUAGCUGUCGUGGGAUCGACAACAAGCACUGGAACUCUUAUUGCACCAAUACGCACACCUACGUGCGGGCGCUAACGUCCUACAAAAACCAGAUCGCCUGGAGGUUCAUCCGAAUCAACGCCGCUUGCGUGUGCGUCCUCAGCCGCAACUCAUGGAGGCAUUGACUGACUUAUUGACUGGUGUCUCAGCCAAUCCACUGCAGCCUCCUGUCAUAAGCCCCGCCCAUCCGUUAUUAAUAAUAACAGCCGUACUGCCAACGUCGGUGAUCCUAGACUCCGCCCCUUUUCUGAUCUCUUUAUGACAUCGCAACCCAGUCCCCUCCUACCCUACCUCACUCUGUAAAUUAUUGGUCGUUUAAGUUAUGAGGACUGCAUGACAUAU